AUGGGCUGCUCAGUGUCGAAGAAGAAGAAUGCAAUUCGACCGCCGGGAUAUGAGGACCCCGAGCUUCUUGCUUCCGUCACACUGUUUACGGUAGCAGAAGUGGAGGCUUUGUAUGAACUGUUCAAGAAGCUAAGCAGUUCAAUUAUUGACGACGGUCUUAUUCAUAAGGAAGAAUUUCUCCUGGCUUUAUUCAGAAAUAGGAACCGGAAGAACCUCUUCGCUGAUCGGAUAUUUGAUGUAUUUGAUGUGAAGCGAAAUGGAGUGAUCGAGUUUGGGGAAUUUGUCCGGUCCUUGGGCGUUUUCCAUCCAAGUGCACCAGUCCAUGACAAAAUCAAAUUUGCUUUCAAAUUGUACGAUUUACGACAAACUGGAUUCAUCGAGCGAGAAGAAUUGAAAGAGAUGGUAAUUGCGCUUCUUCACGAAUCUGAGCUUGUUCUUUCCGAAGAUAUGAUCGAAGUAAUGGUGGAUAAGGCUUUUAUCGAAGCAGACAGCAAAAACGACGGAAAAAUUGAUAUAGAUGAAUGGAAAGAUUUUGUAUCCUUGAAUCCGUCUCUGAUCAAGAACAUGACUUUGCCAUAUCUAAAGGACAUAAAAGGGGCGUUUCCAAGUUUCGUUUCAUCUUGGGAAGACGAAGAAUUGCAGUUGCAAAAUGGACAAAAACUUCAAGAGGAUGAUAGAUUGAUCAUAAGUUAG